GCUCCUGUCAGCUCCACUGUGGGGUUUAUUUUUGUGUGAUUUUACCUGCGACGACCAUGGCUGCAGAGGGUGACUUUUUGGCGAGAUACCGUGCUGUAUCGAAUAAACUCAAAAAACGUUUUCUUCGGAAGCCUAAUGUCGCAGAGGCAAGUGAGCAAUUUGGCCAGUUAGCCAAGGAGCUAAAGCAGCAAGACUGUCUGCAGUAUGCUGCCUUCUGUAACCUGGCCAUGGCCCGAUGUGAGCAGACUCUCUUUAAUGCUCCUGGCGAAGCUCUGGCGUUAACGGAUGCAGCCCGCCUCUUUCUGUCUUCUGAGAAGGAGAAUCGAUCUCUGCAGGCACCAGGCUUUGAUGAGCAUCUCCAGGCUGCACUCAACUGCUACAGUUUUGCCAUCAAGGUGUAUGUUGAGAUGAACCAGCCUGUGAUGGCUGCGAGUCUUUGUCUCGAACUUGGAAAUGCCCUCAAGGAGAUGAACCGACCAGGAGAAGCUAUUGUCCAUUACCAGAGGGCUGCAGAGCUGCAGACACAGAUGCCAGUGGAAGCUCUUCUAUCACUGGGAGAGAUGGCUUCAUGUAAAAUUCUCACGCGUGACUAUGAUGGUGCGCUGACGGUGUUUACAGAGAUGCAGUUGAUGUGCCAGGAGAGAGGAUUGCAGCUACCAGGCACCAGCACCCUUGUUGGUGCUUUCCUGGACAUUGUGGCAAGAUGUGAGAUCUCCAGGGUACUCCUGCUGAUGCUGCUUGAGCCUCCACCUCAGAAGCUGUUGCCAGAACACGCACAAACACUGGAGAAAUACGCAUGGGAGUCCUUUGACCCACACAGCCAAGUGACCUUCCUGCCUGAAAAUGUUUUCCUGCUCCUGCAGUCAGUCGUGAUGGCAUGCCAGGAGAAGGACACAGAGUCCUUGAAGUCUCUUCAGACAGCGCUAUGGCCACUGCUGACAGCUGAGCAAAAUCACCUCCUCCACCUAGUGGUUCAAGAGCGAAUCACACCAUCAGGCCAAGGCAUUUAGUAGUAGUUGUCUUGUGAUCUGCUUCUUCAGCGAAGCUCGCAUCAUUGAACAUUUCUGCAUGUGAUUGGGUCUGUUGUAAGACCUCCCCAAACGCUGUUGUCUUACCGUGCACUGAGAAAUACAUCAAGUUUAAACAUG